AAAACGCUGCACAUUUACUCCGUGGAGCUCGAUGGAGCCAAGGACGCCAAGAAGACGGGCCAGGAGGAUGACAAGAAGCACAACGACGUGGAUCUCAAAAAGAGUCAUCAGAAAGAGGAGCUGAAGAAGGAGCUUGAUCUGGAGGAUCACAGACUCACCAGUGAGGAACUGGAACAGAAAUAUGGCACAAACAUCAUCAGAGGUCUCUCCAGUGCUAGAGCUGCUGAGCUCCUGGCUCGCGAUGGGCCCAAUGCCCUCAGCCCUCCCAAGCAGACGCCAGAGAUUAUCAAGUUCCUCAGGCAGAUGAUUGGGGGCUUCUCCAUCCUUCUGUGGAUAGGAGCCAUCCUGUGCUGGAUUGCGUAUGGGGCUCAGUAUGUCAGCGAUAAGUCUACAUCCCUUGACAAUGUGUACUUGGGUGUGGUGCUUGCCCUGGUUGUGAUUCUAACAGGGAUCUUUGCUUAUUAUCAAGAGGCCAAAAGUACCAACAUCAUGGCCAGCUUCAGUAAGAUGAUCCCCCAGGAAGCUCUUGUCAUUCGUGACGCAGAAAAGAAGGUCAUCCCCGCAGAGCAGCUGGUGGUGGGGGACAUAGUGGAGAUUAAAGGAGGAGACCAGAUCCCUGCGGACAUCAGGCUGCUGUCUUCCCAGGGGUGCAAGGUGGAUAAUUCCUCCCUCACUGGGGAAUCUGAGCCCCAGCCUCGCUCAAGUGAGUUUACCCACGAAAACCCCCUGGAAACAAAGAACAUUGCCUUUUACUCCACAACCUGUCUGGAAGGCACUGCAGCCGGCAUGGUCAUCAACACGGGUGACCGCACCAUCAUUGGUCGCAUAGCCUCCUUGGCCUCAGGGGUUGGAAAUGAGAAGACGCCCAUUGCCAUUGAGAUUGAGCACUUUGUGCAUAUUGUGGCCGGAGUGGCCGUCUCCAUCGGCGUCCUUUUCUUCAUCAUCGCCGUGUCCUUGAAGUACCGUGUUCUGGACUCCAUCAUCUUCCUCAUUGGCAUCAUUGUGGCAAAUGUGCCGGAGGGCCUCCUGGCCACUGUCACUGUGACCCUGUCACUGACAGCGAAGCGGAUGGCCAAGAAGAACUGCCUGGUGAAGAACCUGGAGGCAGUGGAGACACUGGGCUCCACCUCCAUCAUCUGCUCAGACAAGACGGGGACGCUGACCCAGAACAGGAUGACGGUGGCACAUCUGUGGUUCGACAGUCAGAUCUUCAUGGCUGACACAAGCGAGAACCAAACAGACCAAGCCUUUGACCAAAGCUCCGGAACCUGGGCCUCCUUAUCCAAGAUAAUAGCACUGUGUAACCGAGCUGAGUUCAGGCCAGGACAGGAAAGCGUCCCCAUCAUGAAGAAAGUUGUGGUUGGCGAUGCAUCAGAAACUGCUCUUUUGAAAUUCUCUGAGGUCGUUUUGGGUGAUGUGAUGGAAAUAAGAAAAAGAAACCGCAAAGUAGCUGAAAUCCCUUUUAACUCUACUAACAAAUUUCAGCUGUCCAUACAUGAGACAGAAGACCCUGAAGACAAGCGCUUCCUCGUGGUGAUGAAGGGGGCCCCAGAGAGGAUCUUAGAGAAGUGCAGCACCAUCAUGAUCCAUGGCCAGGAGCAGCCGCUGGACAAGAGCAGCGCCAACGCCUUCCACACAGCCUACAUGGAGCUGGGUGGCCUGGGCGAGCGCGUGUUAGGUUUCUGUCAUCUCUACCUGCCAGCAGACAAGUUUCCAGAAAGCUAUUCAUUUGAUGUGGACACCAUGAACUUUCCCACUUCCAACUACUGCUUUGUGGGGCUUCUGUCAAUGAUUGACCCCCCUCGGUCCACCGUGCCAGAUGCAGUUGCCAAAUGCCGGAGUGCAGGAAUCAAGGUCAUUAUGGUUACAGGAGAUCAUCCCAUCACAGCCAAAGCUAUCGCCAAGAGUGUGGGGAUCAUCUCAGCCAACAGCGAGACAGUGGAAGACAUUGCCAAACGCUGUAAUAUUGCUGUGGAGCAAGUUAACAAACAGGAUGCUAGAGCUGCUGUGGUGACUGGCAUGGAGCUGAAAGACAUGACUCCGGAACAGCUGGACGAGAUCUUAGCCAACUACCCAGAAAUUGUCUUUGCCCGGACAUCCCCCCAGCAGAAACUGAUCAUCGUAGAGGGCUGUCAGAGGCAGGACGCAGUUGUUGCUGUGACAGGGGAUGGAGUGAAUGACUCUCCAGCCCUAAAGAAAGCAGACAUUGGGAUUGCCAUGGGGAUAGCAGGUUCUGAUGCUGCUAAAAAUGCAGCUGACAUGGUCUUGCUGGAUGACAAUUUUGCAUCUAUUGUCACAGGAGUCGAGGAAGGUCGCCUGAUCUUUGACAAUCUAAAGAAGACCAUUGCAUACACCCUGACCAAGAACAUUGCCGAACUUUGCCCCUUCUUGAUCUACAUAAUGGUUGGGCUCCCCCUGCCCAUUGGCACCAUUACCAUCCUGUUCAUCGACCUGGGCACAGAUAUAAUCCCGUCCAUCGCCUUGGCGUAUGAGAAAGCUGAAAGUGACAUCAUGAACAGGAAGCCGCGCCACAAGAAGAAGGACAGACUGGUGAACCAGCAGCUUGCUGUCUACUCUUACCUGCACAUUGGCCUCAUGCAGGCCCUGGGAGCUUUCCUCGUGUAUUUCACCGUCUACGCACAGCAGGGCUUUUGGCCCACUUCCCUCCUUCACCUGCGGGUAUACUGGGAAGAUGAUGAUGUGAAUGACUUGGAAGACAGCUAUGGUCAGGAGUGGACAAGGUACCAGAGGGAAUACCUUGAGUGGACAGGCUACACAGCCUUCUUUGUUGGCAUCAUGGUUCAGCAGAUAGCAGAUCUGAUCAUCAGGAAAACCCGGAGGAAUUCCAUCUUCCAGCAGGGUCUCUUCAGAAAUAAAGUUAUCUGGGUGGGGAUUGCCUCCCAGAUCAUCGUUGCCCUGAUUCUCUCCUAUGGCCUUGGGAGUGUCACCGCCCUGAAUUUCACCAUGCUCAGGGCUCAGUAUUGGUUUGUGGCUGUCCCGCACGCCAUCUUGAUUUGGGUGUAUGACGAAGGACGAAAACUGUUCAUCAGGCUCUACCCUGGAAGUUGGUGGGAUAAGAACAUGUAUUACUGAGACUAUAUCACUCCCUGGAAGAUUUCUAUGUAGUACAGACAUCAUCAAGAGAGAUGUUCAUACAGAAAAUUAUAUGAGAGAUAUUUUGUACUUUAAAGCUGAGGUUUGACUGUUUAUAUAGAAUUUUAAUCUCUUGCUCCAUUUCCUUAUUUUAAAAUAUGUGAACCCCAAAGUAAUGAUGUAGAGAAGAAUAUGUUUAUAUGUAUAUAAAGCUCUCUGUUUUAAGUAAUCUUGUAUAACCCAAGUCCCUGCUGUGGUCUUUUUAAACUAAAAUGGAACUGGUCA